AUGCAUCUAUAUGGGAAGUAUGGCAGGACUUUGCUUCUGGAUAUUGCGCAAGAUGGAAACUCGAAUAUAUUGCUAGUUGCGUUUGCACUUGUUGAGGGGGAGAAUGCUGAGUCGUGGGCUUUUUUCUUAUCCCACUUGCGUCAACAUGUGACUCCACAGGAAGGGAUUCUAGUGAUUUCUAACAGACACAACGGAAUUAAGGCUGCACUGGAGGCACCAGACAGUGCCAAUUUUGCUCUCAGUUUCAAGGGUCAGGAUGCAAGGCGAAUGCUCGUGAAUGCGGCGUAUGUGAAGACUAAGGCUGAGUUUGACUACUGGUUUGAUAUUAUGAGGACUGAGAAUCCGGCCAUGUGUGAUUGGGCCAACCGGCUGGAGUACGAUAAGUGGACCCAACACCAGGAUGGAGGCAAACGGUUCGACCACAUGACGACGAAUAUAUCCGAGUGUGUUAACUCUGUACUGAAGGGGACACGGAAUCUUCCGACAGCAGAGGCGCAGUUGGAAUCAGGCCAACGGUUUUGCCAGGCCUUGGUCAAGGCGAUAGAGCGCAACCUGAAAGAUGCGAGGUGCUUCACGGUUACUUUGUUCGACAGACAUCAGUCUGAGUAUACCGUGGCUAAGACGACUCCUACUGGUAACUUCUCGCUUGGGACGUAUCGGGUUUCCCUCAGAGAUCGCAAUUGUGACUGCGGGUACUUUUAA